GUUGUAUCUGAUCCUGGUGGAACCAUGGCUCAUCGGGAAAGCUAGAUAUUAGCUCAAAAUGGCAAGACUCGUAGGAACGUACAUGCGUGUGCAAUCUUGGCGAAUGGUCUCUCUGCGCUCUUGAUCUCUGUAGUAGGUCUCCCACGCCGGCUGUCGGUCGUCAGCACUCCAUCAAGCAAGAGACAUGGCUGAAGGGACUUGCCGAUUCACUCAGUGGGUCUUGUUCACCAUCCGGUCUCGCUGUGACCAUGUCCUUUUCAAGCUGCUCAAAUGCAGCGCGAUGCGCCGCUAAGGAUGUCGCAGGCUCCCAUACUUCUCCCUCACGCGACAAGAGUAAUGCUUGCCAAACAUGUACGCGAUCGGCUUUACUACAGGCUGCCGCGCCUAGAAUUAGAUCGCGUCUGAGGCAGUCGAGGGCUUCUGGGGAGGUGUGUGCAUCUGCGAUGUAUGUCUGUGCUGGGAUGUGCUGGUUCAUGCUUGCAUCUUGUGUGUCUCUGUGUCGUCACGCUUGUGGUUGUCUGAGUGUGGAGGGAAAUUCAGGAACAGAAAGAGACCAAGCAGGAUACUAGCAGGUAGAGUAGACAGGUAGAGUACUAGCAGGUAGACAGGCCAGCUAUACC